CUGCACGCAGUCAAAGUGCAACCUCUGAGUAGUUUCGUGCAAUAAUAUGCUCUGUUGUUCCGCCCUGGCUCCUGAAACAGCCGACAUUUUCAAAGUGUCUCCGGGUGGAGGGGCACACUGCCUCAUCACCACACAGCUGCAAGCAGGCAGUAGCUUAAGCGAAGGGUACAGUGUUGCAGUGCAAUAAUCUGGCUCACUCGCAGCUAGCUUAUCGGUACAGCUGUUGACUGGCAGCAAGUCCACUGAAACUGCACCGACUCUCCUCCGUCCAUCCCGCCGGAGCACCGGCCGAGAGGGGCAAAUGAACGAGCUGAUGAAGAGUUUACCCUCCCCGACUCUGCCCGGGCUGCACCUCCCGUCCGUGGAUACCCACAAAGGCUGGCUCUUUAAAUGGACCAACUACCUGAAGGGCUACCAGAGGCGGUGGUUCGUGCUCAGUAACGGCCUGCUGUCCUACUACAGGACUCAGGCAGAGAUGGCACACACUUGUCGGGGAACAAUUCCCCUGGCGACGGCGCACAUCGAGGUGGGCGACACCUGCCACUUGGUGUUAACCAGCGGAGGCCGGAGUUACCACCUGAAGGCCACCUCCGAGGGAGAGUGCCAGAAAUGGGUGUCAGCACUGCAACAGGCCAAAGCCAACGCCACUCUCCUCAUGCAUCACUCAGAUGACUCGGGGGAUGAAGUCCCAGUACCUCAGGAGGAUCGUACUCUAACCCAAGGGGUGCUUAAGACUCUGGCCAGCAAGCUAGAUGACCUGAGCACCUGUAAUGAGCUGAUAGGAAAGCAUGGUGCUGCCCUCCAGCGCUCCCUCAGUGAACUCGAGGACCUGCGUGGAUCCACUGACAGCACAGACAAAGUGAAAGCCGUUAAUGAGCGAGCCACCCUCUUUCGCAUCACCUCCAAUGCUAUGAUCAAUGCUUGUCGUGACUUUGUGGACGUGGCAGAAUCUCACAGUCGGAGGUGGCAAAAGGCCCUGCAGCAUGAGAGAGAACAGCGUCACCAUCUGGAGGAGACCAUCGAACAGUUAGCCAAACAGCAUAACAGCUUAGAAAGAGCCUGGAGGGAGAAUCCCACCUCAUAUACAGGCGUGGAGCGAUCCCAGGAGGGAGAUGCGAGCGACGAGAAUGACGAGGCAGAGUUCUUCGAUGCCAUGGAGGACUCACCUGCGUUCAUAACUGUGACUGCUACUGGUAACAUAGAGCACAAGCGCUCAGGAAGUAAUCAGAGUAUGAUGAGUGGAGGCGUGCCCAAUGACUGGACUCACAAUGAGAAUGACACCUUAGGCGCAAACCACAUGCAGCUACGAAGAACAAGGCGCAGCCGUAUUCCUGACAAACCAAAUUACUCCCUUAACCUGUGGAGCAUCAUGAAAAAUUGCAUUGGGAAAGAUCUAUCGAAGAUACCCAUGCCUGUAAACUUCAACGAGCCGCUGUCGAUGCUCCAGCGUCUGACUGAGGAUCUGGAGUACAGUGAGCUUCUGGACCGGGCCGCUCGCUGCGACUCGUCCCUGGAGCAGAUGUGCCUGGUGGCUGCCUUUUCUGUCUCUUCCUACUCCACCACAGUCCAUCGCACAGCCAAGCCUUUCAACCCUCUGCUGGGGGAGACUUAUGAGCUGGAUCGGCUGGAUGAGUAUGGUUAUCGCUCCAUCUGUGAGCAGGUUAGUCAUCACCCACCAGCUGCUGCCCACCAUGUGACAUCACAGCGAGGAUGGACCCUGUGGCAGCAUAUCACUAUUGACAGCAAAUUUCGUGGGAAAUAUAUUUCAGUGGUGCCGUUAGGAAACAUUCACCUGCAGUUCCACUCGAGUGGAAACCACUAUGUGUGGAGCAAAGUGACUUCCACAGUGCACAAUAUUAUUGUAGGGAAGCUCUGGAUUGAUCAGUCUGGGGACAUUGACAUUGUAAACACCACAACCAAGGACACCUGUCGUCUUAAAUUCUCCCCCUACAGCUACUUUUCCAGGGAAGUCCCACGCAAAGUGACAGGAGUGGUAGAGGACCGAGAGGGCACAGCUCAUUACAUCCUGUCCGGAACCUGGGAUGACAAAAUCGAAAGUGCCAAGAUAGUGGAUAGCAGCCAAGGAUGCGGAGGCUCCGAAGGGAAACAAAAGACGGUUUAUCAGACUCUUCCGCCCAAACUGCUGUGGAAGAAAUAUCCCCUUCCAGAAAAUGCAGAGAACAUGCACUUUUUCUCCUCUCUGGCACUGACCUUAAAUGAGCCAGAAGAGGGCGUCGCACCCACUGACAGUCGCUUGCGGCCAGACCAGCGGCUGAUGGAGGCUGGUCUGUGGGAUGAAGCCAACAGUCAGAAGCAACGUCUAGAGGAACGACAGAGACUGGAGAGGAAAAGAAGGGCGCAAGCUAACCAGGCCCUGGAGGAGGGGCAAGAUAUUGAGGGUUACCAGCCACUGUGGUUUGAGAAGAGGACAGACGAGACAGGCGAUAACAUUUUUAUCUACAAAGGCGGCUACUGGGAGGCCAAAGAAAGACAAGACUGGAGCCAGUGUCCUCAGAUCUUUUAGGACAACAUGCCUCUUGCUCCACAGCAUCAGCCAGGCUGAGCGUUUCCUCGUGGUUUAAGGAUACUCUGAAGGAUGGAGAGUUGUGUGUAUGAGUUUGGAUGUACAUGUGUGAGUGAGUGAGACAGCUAAUCUCUCCAGGGAUUUUCAAGCACAAAAACAUCUGGUUCCUAAUUUACUUGCUCUUGCUCUGUUAUAUCUGCAUUUCAAAAAAAUGCAUGGCCUCAGUAUAAGAGAGUUAAGAGCUGCAAAUAAUAUGUACACUAAAGGGAGUUUAGUGUACACGUGAUCAGGUGUGUGGGGAUAAUUCUAGGCUGAAGACCGAUGUCUUAUUUUCUUCAAAACUGGCACAACUUGCUGAGAUCUCCCAGUGAUGCUGGGUUUCAAAAGAAAUUUAGCAGGACAAAGCCUUCUUCUGUGCUAGAAGACUUCAAGACCAAUCCCUAUGAUUUCUUGGUGUUCUUUAUUAAUCUGUUUCUCAAAACUGCACAAACUGCAGUUUGAAAGGAUUAAAAGUUAUUGUCUGACUGGCCUCUAAAGAACAGUCACUCCACCAAGUCUUUUUACAGAUAAUUGCUUUGUCUCCCAUAAUCUUGAAAUUACAGUAUGUCCACCUCCGUCACUGUUACAUUUAAGUCAGUAGCAGAGAGCAGCACACACCCACUGAAAGCACUUGAAUAAUGUCUUCACUGACCCUGGAGGAGCCUGAGUGUGAGAAAAUGACUAAAACAACAUAUUUGUGUAAUCUCAGCUUGGACUCUAUAUAAAACUCUAUAUUCAAAAAAGUCUGCUUAAGCUGAAGAUGCUGAAAGGUUUUUGCCUCAUAUCAGACAAAACUGCCAGCUCAUUAAAUUGCAUGAUAUUAUUUUCAUUGCCACCAGGGGCUUCCCUCAUCAAUUGCUAACACUUGUAAACAGCUUGAAAGGAGUGUUAGUCCCACUCGCACUCAUUCUUCCACAGCAGUCAUCUGGACAGGUUUAACUUUUUCUUCCAGAGAAACUGCUGUUUCACAUCAAAAUGCCUAAUGAGUCAACUGCAAUGGACUGAUUUUAAGGUCUGGAUCCAGCAGCAAACGUUUACCAGGUAGGGGAAAAUCGAGUUGCAGUGUAGGAUCCAGGAUUUUUGGAGCUCCGCCAUUACCAAGAACUAAAAUUUAGGAUGUUGCUGCAUCAAUUAAACUUUUUAAAUGAUGAUUAAAGGUUAAAUAGCUGCAGGUGAAUGUGAGUGUUGGUUAUCUGUUUCCAUGUGUUAGCCCUGCAACAGACCGGCAACCAGCCCAGGGCACCUAGAGUACCCCUUCAAAUAUCUUUAAACAAAACCGUAAGUAUAAAUAUGCUAAUCUUGGGAUUUUCCUCAGCAGGGGAUAUUAUUGCUGCUGGUGGCAAUUUUAGCCUUAAUUAUGUAACAGAAUAGCAACUCCCCAGUAACCCCCUCAUUGAAACAAAAAAGAUUUUGUACAGAUUAAAACGGUUCUGCAGGUAUACCUCCAGGUAAAUUCAACUGAGUAAUUGUUUUUAAAAUUAAAUUUACCCAUUAUCAGGGUUUACCAUUGUGGCAAGUACCAAUGAACCUGUUCCCUUGCUUAAAAUGGUUGCAAAUGACUCUAUUAGUUAUUUGUAUGUUAAAAAUUGUUCAUUUGCAUUAUGUUAGCAAUAAGAAAUCCUGCACAGUCACUUGUGAUUUAAAAAAAAACAAAACACUCCCCAAUCAGGGAAUUGUUUUCUUCAGCCCAAAUAUUAAGUUGUAUUAACAUUAUUUCAUCAUAUCACUCAAAAACAUUACACUUGCUCAUGUUUUUGUGCGGAGGCAAGCACUUGUGUAAAUUGGUAGUAAAUACACUCUAUAACCUGUUUAUUUAUAGUUUACUGUGUAUUACAGCGGGGCAUGAUGCACAAAUAUGGCUGCCUGUUUGGUUUUGGCCUGUAAAUAGCUAGAAUAUACUAGAAAUAAAAUCGUAGUAUCAUUUGAAGAAGAUAUACAGUGCUUUAACAUCCAUGUUGUCAUAUAUUAAUCUCUAUUAUGUAUACAUAACAAGUCAUGAUUGUAUACCAGCUAAGGAGAUGUUGGGUAAAUUAAAUAAUGAAUCUUAUGUUUAUAAGCGUACAUAAAUGAUGCAAUGAAAUGAUGAUCAAAUAAAGCACAAUGUCAUGUUUACCUGACAGGACAUGCUCUAUAAUUUAAAGUCCACAGCAAAGUAUAGCUAUGCAUGGUUUUAGACUGCUUGUGCACUAGGCCUCUUCACCUAGCUAGCUGUUUGUGGAUUGUUACUGAAAAACCUUUUGUGCCCGACUGCCUCAGAAAUUUUACAUUUUUGAGCUCAAAUAAAGACUUAAAGCUGCCAGUGUGCAACCGUUUACUGUCACACCAGUGGUUUUUAUAAUCUUCUGUCAAACAAAGCACAGGUAAUAAAGAAGAAAACAGAGUUUUUCACAAUGCUUUAAAGUGGGUAUUUCUGUCUGGAGCUUUUCUUGAGUCCAAAGCAACUGUCCUGAUCUACAA